AUGAAGUUUCUGGGUAGACUCUGUUUUACGGUAGCCGCAGCUGCUGUGCAAUUUAGUCAUGGAGCUGCCGCAGAGGUUCGCGCCGUCGCAGCAGGAAUGCAAGAAACAUCAAUGUCUUUGUCGAGAUUACGCCUCCAUGUUCAGUCGCCACGUCCCCGACUAGUCACGUUACGCGAAGGAGCUUCGGUCUCUCCGCCAGUUAUCGUGAUGGGGCAUGAAUCUGUAUCUUUUAUCCCGAUGGAGAAACAUUCGUACAUUUUCGAGGUGAACGAUACGGCGCAUGACAUGCUAGCAACCAUCCAAUUUGCUUCGCAAGAAGCGAGUGACUCGGGUGGAACGACAGUGCACGUGGCAAGACGGACCAGCGAUGGAAACGGUUGGAUUCUGGACAUGACACAGAUAGGGAGCCUGAGACUGAUGGGAUCUCUGGCGGGAGAGUAUCUCAUGGUCAGACAACAAAAAGACCUAUACCAAAACAAGGAGGAAGCAGAGCUGCGCAGGAGACGAGAAGAGAAAGUGAUUACGCAAAGGGCAGAGAUAAGCGAUCAAUGCGCAGCCUGGCUCCGGUACUGCGCAGUCAUGACAAGCGACCCUAGACAACAAACCCCACCACCUCGGCCUCCGGCACCGAUGCUUGGGCCUCCACCACCUCCACCGUCUGGUCCGGGACUUGGACCUGUGCCUGAAUCACCACCCUCAAGGACUCCUCCUGCUCCUGGGGCGAAUAGCAAUAGUGGGAAUGGAUUGGGCCCGCCGGCGACUGAAGGGCCACCGCCUCCCCCGGCGAUGCAAAAUAUUGGUGGUCCUUUUCAGACUGCGCCGUCAUUUGCGAUUAGGAAAGGGGCGUGGCAGGGGAAGUUGACUUUGGUGGUUUGGCUUUUGGCUUUCCUGGCCUAA